AUGUACCGGGCCCGGGCGGUGCGCGCGGGGCCGGACCCCGGGAGCCCCGGGGGCCGCUUCGGGAUCCUCAGCACGGGCCAGCUCCGGGACCUGCUGCAGGACGAGCCCAAGCUGGACCGGAUCGUGAGGCUCAGCAGGAAGUUUCAGGGCCUGCAGCUGGAGCGGGAGGCAUGUCUGGCCUCCAAUUACACCUUGGCCAAGGAGAACCUGGCCCUGCGGCCUCGGCUGGAGAUGGGCAAAGCUGCUUUGGCCAUUAAGUACCAAGAGCUCCGGGAGCUGGUGGAGAGCUGCUGGGACAAACAGCAGAGGCUGGAGGUGAAUGUGCAGCGCUGGAACCCACAGUGCGCCCUGAACAGGCUCCGGGCAGAACUGGAGGAAGCCGAGCAGGAGGCCGAGGAGCAGAUGGAGCAGCUGCUACUUGGGGAGCAGAGUCUAGAAGCCUUCCUGCCGGCCUUCCAGCGGGGCCGGGCCCUGGCCCAUCUGCGUCGGACCCAGGCUGAGAAGCUUCAGGAGCUGCUGCUAAAGCAGGAGCGGCCCCAGCCCCCCACCCCGCCCCCUCCCCCCUCCCCCCCUCCUGCUGCAGCACCCACCAAACUUUUCCAGCUGCGCUAUGCCUUGGCCCCCGCCACAGCAGCUCUGCUGCCCUCGGGGGUGGCCAGGGGCCUGCCUGCAGCACCCCGAAACCUCCCACCUCUGGACUCCCGCCCUGUCCUCCCCCCAGUCCAGGGCUCCCCCCUGCGCCUGCUCGGCCAGGCCUCCUUGCUGAGUCCCCGGCCCCCGCAGUCUGAACCCCCCCAUCGGUAGGGUUUAGAACAUGGCCCCCUUCUAGGAGGGCCCCCAGACAGACUUGAUACCAGGCUCCUACCACCACCAUCUUUGAGGAGUGAGGUGUUGGAGGGGCAGGCUCCCCUUCCCCCAGGACUCCAGCAAGGUCCCUGCCCCUGGAGGCAGAGCCCAGGAAAAGGGGCUCCAGGAAGAUGAGACAGUGGGUAGGGGUGGGGGGGCAGGGGACUUUGCCCCCCAGCUUUGAGGGAACUCUGCUAUUUCUCUCUCCCUGGCUGGGGUGGGGGGAGGGUUUCAGGGCUGGCCAGAGCUUGCUUUUUCCCAUGCCCCAAGAAGGGAGCAUUCCCACAUCUAGGCUUGCAGGGUGGGGGUGGGGGCAUUUUCCACGAUCCACCAGUAACCUGGGAAGGGGCCUCUCGCUGGGCAUGAUGCCAAGGCAGCUGGAGAUAUCCUCAGAUUUCUCCCUGGCCUCUUCCUUUCCUCCAUCCCCUGGUUCCAUUGUUGUGGCUGCCAGGAGGGCCUUCGCCCAGGAUGGCCAGGUAGCCCUUGGGACCACACGCUGUCCCCCUCCCUCCAUAAACACAUACAUACACUCCAGGCCCUGGGCACCCCAGGCAUGAAGGGGUGAGGGCAUUGUGGCAUUGGGGGGAGGGGGCGCUUCUGUCCAGCAACCAGAGCAGGGCAAACCGGAAUGCCCGGCAAUGAGAACACUCUGUCCUUUUCUGUCUUGUCUCUUUAGAAUGGGACCCCCAAGAGGGCAGGGUCCUUGUCUUUGUGUGUUCUGUCUAGUGCCCUGCCCACCAGGCCCCUCAAUAAAUGUGAUGGUGAAGAUGAUGAUGAGGCCAGCCUACUGAACACUGCAUGCUCAGUUCAUUCCCACCUUCUCUGCUUGCACUGUCCUUCCCUGUCCUCUGUGCCUCACCAACUCUUACCCGCCCACCCUCCAGAGUCCUACCUCUGCCAUGAAGCCCACCAGGCAAUAAAGUCUUUUUUUGUGUGCA